AUGGCACUGUCAAAAAAAAGAAAAGUGGACACGGAGUGCAGGGUUUUCCAGGAAAAAUGGACUGAGAAUUAUUUAUUCACAGAAGUGAAGACAAAACCAGUGUGCUUGGUUUGUAAUCAGCAAGUUGCAGUGUUCAAAGAAUUUAAUAUUCGGCGCCACUACGAGACUCAUCAUAAAGACAAGUAUGACCACUUGAAAGGACAAAUAAGAAAAGACGAGAUAAACAAAUUGGUCGCUGGUCUGAAGAAACAGCAGUCUGCUUUUACGCGCAGCCGCGAUAUCGCUGAUGGGGCUGUAAGAGCCAGCUACAUUAUUGCCAACGAGCUGGUGCAGGCAUCCAAGCCAUUUGCUGAUGGGGAGUUUGUAAAAACAUGCAUGCUGAAGGCUGCAGAAGUCGUGUGCCCUGAAAAGAGACCUGCCUUUGCCAAUAUUAGUCUAACGAGGAACACUGUCGCAGAUCGGGUGACAGAACUCUCAAGUGACUUGAGCAGCCAAUUGAAAGAGAAAAUCAAAUCAUUUAUCGCAUUUUCAAUUGCAAUAGAUGAGAGCACCGAUGUCACAGAUAUUGCUCAACUGGCCAUAUUCAUUAGAGGUGUUGAUGAAACUUUGACCAUCACCGAGGAGCUGCUUGAAUUGGUGCCCAUUAAUGACACCACAACAGCAGAGGACAUUUUCAGCGCUCUCGUUGGAGCGCUGGACAAGGUGGAGGCGGACUGGUCCCGUGCUGUGAGCCUGGCGACCGACGGUGCGCCAUCAAUGGUGGGGAGAAAGGCAGGCGUUGCCACAAAAUUCCGUGACAAAGUACAGACCGCAAAUGGAGGACAGGAGUUUUGGGCAUUUCACUGUAUUUUGCACCAGGAGGCGUUAUGUUGCAAAACACUGCAAAUGGACCAUGUUAUGAGCGUGGUUGUGAAAACUGUCAAUUUCAUCAGAGCUCGCGGUCUAAAUCACCGCCAGUUUGACUCAUUUCUCAGUGAUCAUGACAUUCGUGCUGGCCUACCAUACCACACUGACGUGCGCUGGUUAAGCAGAGGUGCAGUACUCAAGCGCUUCUUUGAGCUACGAGGCGAAAUUGUGGGAGACGCAGCUAUCCAGCGGUGACACCACGCACUUCUCAUGUCUCACAGCUGUGCGUCCGAAGGCACCGGAUCGUCCCGAUUUGGAUAAAUAUAAAGACAACA